GAGUCCGUAGCAAAGUUUUUAAAUGCCGCCAUAGUUCUACCAUUUACAGCUGGAGACACAUCGGAAAUCCAACAAAAUAGUGCUUAUAUACGACCUCACGAUGGUAGUAUCAGUGGAAUGAUUCUUAUUUCAAGCGUCUUAGUGAUAGUUAUUCUUGCUAUAUUUGGAAUAAGAUUGGCAGAUUCAGAAGUACACAAGACCAUACCAUAUUUAACAUUACGUUCAUAUCUGUGUGUCACAAUUGUCCUUGCUAUAGCUGUUUUUAUUGCUCAUUUCAUCAUAUAUCGUGUUAAGCGCGUAGAACGUAUAACUUUACCUUCAACAUGCUUAAUUAAAGUCGACGCUAUCGCUAAAUUGAAACUUAGAUUUUUAUGGAUUUUUACGUUUGGAGGUAUUUUGUAUGCCUCGGUAAAAGUGAUCAGAGUACCUUGCAAAGCGAAAACAAUAAACAACUAUAAGAGUGUCGGAUGUAUUGACAAAAACUUCACGUACUACAAAGACUACGAAGAGGCAAAUAUUACCUUUCAUUGUAUUCAAAUUUCAUUUUAUUUCAUCCAGUCUUGUUUUAUAUAUUUCUUCAUUCGUUCCAGCUUCAAAAAUUCAUGGGGGAUUUAUUAUAGCCUUCUAUUCAUAGUUCUAGCAAACAUAUCACAAUGGGCGCAUUAUUUUUCGGAAAUAUACAAAGACUCAAACACAAGAGGCUAUAAACUAGUUUGUCCUAUGAGUAAUUACUCAAUUGACAACUGCUACUGGGAAAUCGUUUUAAAAAAGAUAGAGCCAUACCUAACACCAGUUGAAAUGGAGUAUUUUCUGUUAUCGAUGGUUUUUAUUGCUGAACUUUGGCCAUCCAAGAAAAGUUACUCAAAUGAAGUUAAUUUGAUUGAAACAGAUCUCGCAAAUGAAUACACACCAUUGGAAUCAUCCACGCGUGGAUUACUAAAAGAGCCUACGUGUUGGUCAAGUCGUGUACGAACUUGUAUGUUCGUUGCUUUUGUAGUUAUAGUUUUUCUCCCUUGUUAUAUCUUCAGUUACUUAGCAUUUGAAGAAAACGAGAAGAAGGCCAAAUGCGUCAAUGAAACAAUGAAAACUGUCUAUGUAUUCUGUGAUAUAUUCAUAUCAUUGAUUGAGAAAAUGUUAUUGAUUAUGAGCUUUUAUAUGAUUUCAGAAUCGUCAUAUCUUAGACCCCUUAAACGAAAAGAAGGCUUCCAUUUUCAUCAUAAGAUGUUAAUUGCAAGUUUCUUAGGUUCCGUUGGAUAUUUAUCAUUAGUUAUCAUAUCGUGCAUACAUGCAGGAAAAGCAAAUUUGUUAAUCGCCCAGAAAUUUCUAACAAUGAUAGAACUCUACCUUCAAAUAGUUUGCAUUCUUCAAUUACAUAAUUAUGAAAAAUGUCAAGGAAGCGUUGGCAAAUACAUUUUUCUUGCAUUGUCGGUUCUGAAUUUUGGUUCUUGGUUUAAUGACAGUAUUUUUGGCGGUAUUUCCAUAUAUGAUAAAGAAAUUUUAAAAGUGGUAUAUGAUAUCACCACUCAGAGACUUAUAACUAACGUUUUAUUUCCUUUUUUAAUCUUCUUUAGAUUUAAAUCCUUCAUUUUAUUUUAUGGGAUUUUCCGCCAAACCUUAGUCAAUGCCACUAUUUUAAAAAGCCCUGCACACUUCAGGUUCGAUGAGCUGUAACCUUUCACAUGCAAUACAUUUUAUAAAAAAAAAAUCGUUUUCCUAUGUGAGGCUGUGGAUUGGGUAUACAGAAUAGAGAAUAAUAGGAAAAAGUUGCAUAAAAAAGGCAAUUAAUAUGAAGAAUAGAGCAAAAUAUGGCAAAAAAAAUAUAUAUAUAUAAUAAUAUGGUGCUCAAACAUAAAAAAUAGAGAGUAAUUGGCAAAAAAAUAACAUAAUGUGUAGAGAAAAUGAAUAAAAAAAAAUGAAGAAUACAGAAAUGCAGGACCCCCCAUUCAGACCCUUCUAUGUGAUAUAGUUAUGAAUGAUUACUGAUUCAGACGUAACGGGAAAUAUAUUGUUAUUUAUCAGUUUUUCUAUGAAAAAUUUAUUCUUUACUAAGAAUGUUGUCAGAUAUUUAUCUUUAGUUUUAAAUGUUCAGAUUGUCAGAUAAUUUUUUUUUAUUAUUAUUAAUAAAUGAUGCAUCAUAUAU